UUCCCUACUUUUUUUCCACAGGAGAAUGUAUGUUCGAGUGAGCAUUGAACUACAAUCAACCUCUACUCCCAUUCAUAAAAGGGACUUGGUUGUUCAACUGACUGAUGAUACUGACCCCUUUUUUCUUUAUAACCUUGUGAUAUCUGAGGAGGAUUUUCAAAGUUUAAAAUUUCAGCAGGGUCUUUUGGUGGAUUUUUCUGCCUUCCCACAAAGAUUUAUAGAUCUGCUUCAACAGUGCAUUCAGGAACAAAACAAAGAUAUCCCAAGGUUUUUGCUGCAGUUGGUUUCUUCAGCAUCUGCCUUGGAUCAUAAACCUGUUUUUUUAAAUGUGGUGGAGACUAACCCAUUUAAACAUCUUACACAUCUUUCACUACAAUUUCUACCAGGGAAUGAUGCAGAAAUAAAGAAGUUUCUAGCUAACUGCUUGAAAUGCAUUAAGGAAGAAAAGUUGCUUUUGGAGCAAAAGCUAAAAAAAACUGAAGAUGACCUUACCAGACAGCUGAACUUUACACAGCAGAGCUUGUCAGAGAAGAGCCGGGAAUUAGAUAAGUUAAGGAGUGAAUGGACAUCACACACAGCAGCAUUAACAAAUAAGCAUGCUCAAGAACUGACAAAUGAGAAGGAAAAGGCCCUGCAGGCACAAACUCAAUGCCAACAGCAACAUGAACAACAGAAAAAGGAACUGGAAAGCAUGCAUCAGAGAAGUAUCCAGCAGCUACAGAAUCGACUAUCAGAACUAGAGAUAAUCAACAAAGACCUAACAGAAAGACGAUAUAAAGGAGACUCCACAGUCAGAGAACUUAAAGGAAAGCUCUCUGGGAUAGAAGAUGAGUGCCAGAGAACAAAGCAGGAAGUACUGUCUUUGCGUCGUGAGAAUACUACUCUGGAUGCUGAAUGCCAUGAAAAAGAAAAACUUAUUAAUCAGCUCCAAACACGAGUUGCUGUCUUUGAACAAGAGAUCAAAGAUAAAGACCAGUUGGUUAAUAGGACAAAAGAAGUAUUAAAUGCGACACAGGAACAAAAGGUAAUACUGGAAGAGAAUACAGAGAAGAAACAAAUUCACAUAGGAAAACUUGAAGCAACAAUAAAGUCAUUAUCAGCUGAAUUACUAAAGGCUAAUGACAUUAUCAAGAAAUUACAAGGAGAUUUGAAAACUCUAAUGAGUAAACUGAAAUUGAAAAACACAGUGACAAUUCAGCAAGAAAAACUGCUGGCUGAAAAAGAAGAGAAACUCCAGAAAGAGCGGAGAGACCUGCAAGAGACCGGACAGUCUCUACAAACGAAAGAGCAAGAGAUAUGCAAGUUGCAAGAACAGUUAGAAAGUACAGUGCAAAAACUGGAAGAAAGCAAGCAGCUGCUAAAAACCAAUGAAAAUGUAAUCACCUGGUUAAACAAGCAACUGAAUGAAAUUCAGAUGGCAAGAAAACAAGAGGUAUUGGGAACUUCUCCCAUUUCACCUGUACUUCCCAGCAACAGCAGAAUUGGCGUUUCACCUCAAAAUAUGUUGGAAAACAGAUUUCCUCCUCCCAGUUUAGGAAUAAAUUAUCCCAUCUCCCCUAUAUAUACCUUACAGACCCUUCCAGAACAUACAUCUGCUCGAAAUGCCAGCCAACAGUUUUCAGGCCCAAAGAUUCAGUUUAAUACGCAACUCUCAAAAACUAAUAGAUGUUCAGAUGUUCAGAUGGUACCUGUUGCAACAAGCAAUUCAGCAAACAAAGAAAAUGGUGAGCAUUUGGGGUUGGAAUUGAAGUAUUUAAAGAAAAGAGAAGACAGCAUUCCUUUACGGGGGCUGAGCCAGAACACGCUUAAUAGCUCAGAGUAUCCAAAAUCCUAUCCAUCAACAAAAAUACAAACUUCAUCAAAACCUGUAGUACCUUCAACAGCCUCUGCUUAUUUCCCUGGAUAAUGGACAACAUAGUUCUAAAAUGAAAACUAUUCUACCAUUUAUCUAGGAUUGGCUUGAUGGUAUUGAGUAUAAUUAUCCCCUUAAAGGUAAAGUAUCAAAAUGGUACAGUAAUCCCCUGCAAAAUCGGUUAACCUUAUCAGCUCUAAAUUAUGCUAUGGGAUUGCACAGAAAAAUAGAUAGAUUUAAUCAGAUGCUAUAUAUAGACUUUCAGGCUGUGUUCUAGCCAAAAAAGUAAUGCAGAGGUGAGAAACAGCUUUGUAGCUUAUUUUCAUGUGGAAAAUAUUUUGACGGAUGAUCGUUUUUAAAGAGUCUGAAGGCUUGCAGAGCUGGUUUUGUCAAGGCAGUAGGUUCCCUACCCCAAAAAAUCCAAAUGAGUGAUUGGCAUUAUUAUGCUGGAACUGAGUCAUGCCUGGAACUGUUUUCUUCUUUCCCUGAAAAACAUUGUGCUUUAGGAACUUAGUACUAAAUGCUAUCCUGAAUGGUGCACACAACCCUCAGCUUUCCCUGAAAUCAGUAGGAACUGUGUUGGGCAGGUUGUGGCUGUAAGAAACUACCUAGGCUCUUCCCAGAAUAAGUGUUUAGUUGGAGACUGAUGUUAAUGUCUUUCAGAGUGGAGAUUAAUCAGUCUGUGGAGCAUUUGAACUCCCUAGACCCUAAACAGAUGUUUGUACCAGUGUAGUGACACAGAUAAUAUCAAGAAUGGGAAAGAUUAGUGGCUGUUUCCUUUCUUUGCUGGGUUUUGACCAUGUUGAUCUGCAUUAGUCCUUGAAUGAAAUUACACUAUGCGCUGGGCUCUAUGGAGUUUUUCUGUUUCAUGCAAGGGGCUGGUACCCUUCAGGGAAUUAUCCCAGGAAUUGAUGUGUCACAUGAAAAACUGUUCUCAUCAUAGAAAUGCACUUACAAAGCAUGUAAUUGUUGUAAGGGCUUAACUUGACCUAUAAGAUUUGUUAAUGAAGCAAACUGAACCCAAUUCUUAACAGAGUUGAAGUUUGCUCAUUUCAAUUUUUAUACUCAUCCUGAUUUUGAAUUUUUUGGCAGAAUUUUCUUGUAAAAAGCCACUGCCAAACCAACACAAACAAUAAUAAAUUUGAUAACCACUAUUUCUAAAUAUAACUGAAGGAAUUUAUAUGUUAUAUCACUAGGCAAACUAUGUAGACAGAAAUUAUUAAAAUGAAAUAAGGUAUAAAGCUGAGUUGCAGCUAAAUAUUUCAUACUCCUUGUUGCAGUUCGUUUCUGUUUCUGUCAGUUUCUCACUAAGUGGGUUCUGAAUGACAUGGGCUGCAGUUUGUAAAGUGUUGAAAGCAGUUUACAUUAUGUUAGUGCAGCAACAAUACUAUACAUAACACAUCCAGGAAACUAACACUAAGAUUUGGAUAGAGUGAAGAUAUAUGUAUCUUUUAGGUUUUUGGCUAUACUUGAGUCCAUUACUAGAAUCAUGCUAUAGUGCCUGUUUUAAGUUCCAGUGAGUGAACUGAAGGUUGUAGAAACUACUAUAUUUUCUCAGAUUUAGCAUGCUCCUAUAAGUAGUAUGCACCUGGAUUCUGGAGGUUCUGGGCUCUGACCUGGCACAUUGCUCUGGAGCUAGCAUGUGGGGUUGGACCAGGCAUGCUGGGUCUGAGACCUUGUGACUGGUCAGACUUGGCACACAAGAUCCAGACACAGACCAACCAACCCUGCAUGCUGACCUGACUGGGUUUGUGGCCAGGAGGGAAUCGCCACUGGUAGUAGUAGUGUUAAUUGCUAUGGCUCCCAAUUAAAUGCUGCCAGCACUACUUCCCUCCCCCCCCCUUUCCUGUACCCACAUUUCCAGACCCAAGGUCAGGUUUCCCUUGCAUGUGAUGUGGCGGAGGGGUGGCCUAUACAAGAGAAAAUGCAGUGUAAUAUAUAAAGUAACCAAAAAAAGGACCAGCUUUUGUAGUUUACCAUAAACUGUAUUGUAAUACCAAACUAGAGAUACUGUCUAAGUUUUAAACUGUAAUAUGGUAAAGCCACUUUUAAAAAAAAAAUGUCUUGGACUCUGUUUACAUGCUUCUUGGUUUAAAAUGUUAUUUGGUUUCAGACCGUCUUCGUUGUUAUGUUUAGAGUGGUUAUCACUCUAGUUUUUUUGCACAUUACUGUCCAAAUGACUUGUAUAUGUAAAGAUAUUUUGCUGUGUAAAAUUUGUACGUGUAUUUAUAAUCAGACUUUGUAUUAAUGUAUAUCCAUUUGCUUUUGGAAGUGUUAAGGUUAAUGGAAAAUAUUAAAUAGCUUAUCAGUA